AUGUUACCAGAAGUGAUCCGUACCAAAAGUAAGUACAUACUGCAAGCAUGUGUUGCUCCUGGUCCUACGUCGCCAAAUGACUUCUUUUCCUUCGUCAAGCCCAUCAUGAAAGAAUUAAUGACCUUAAAACGUGAGGGUUUCAAACUUGCUGGUUCGGGUAUGACAGUUAAUGCACAUCUGCUGUUUGCUGGUGGUGAUACUCCCACACGUGCAAAGCUUGCUGGGCAGUCGGGGCAUACUCAUCUCAGUGGAUGUAGAUGCUGCACAAUCAAAGCUGUCAGAAUCGAAGAAAGAAAUAUUUUUUCUCCUUCCAGUUCCAUCGCGUAUCAAACCAAGGCUCCGUUUACGAUGACAGAUGUAGAUCCUGGUCAAAAGCUUCCUACGCCGUUUGCUGAUUUGAAGCGCUCUCACGACGCAUUUUUUUUCCCCAAUAGACUUGAUGCACUUACUUGGUUGCAAUAUCGGGCUACAAAUUGUACGAUUAAUGACAAUGGAUGA